UCGCAAACAACCAACGACACUCCCGAAACCGCCUCGUCCCGCCUCGUCCCUCGCCUCAGCCUCGCACCAGCUUCUUCGCUCUCCGUACGCCAUGGACGCCGUUCGGUCCCUCGUCCAGCCCGUCACGCAGAACCUGCCGGCCCCGAUCCGGGACCUCGGCGUGUCCAUCCUGGGCGCCACCUGCUACAAGGCGCUGCUGCUCGACGUGGACGUCGAGAACGCGGAAUGCCUCAAGCUGGCCGUCAGCAAGGGCCUGGGCAUCGGCAUCGUCGGCGCCUCGCUCGUCGUCAAGGUGCCGCAGAUCCUCAAGCUGCUGCGGUCCAAGUCCGCCGAGGGCGUGUCCUUCCUGUCGUACGCGCUGGAGACGAGCGCGUACCUCAUCUCGCUGGCCUACAACGUGCGCAACGGUUUUCCUUUUAGCACCUAUGGCGAGACGGCCUUUAUCCUCGGCCAGAACAUUGUCAUCAGCAUGCUCGUGCUCAACUACUCCGGCCAGCCCGGCCCGGCCGCCAUCUUCGUCGCCCUGCUGGCCGUCUGCGCCUUCAACCUGUUCACGGAGAGCCCGAUUGAUAUGCAGACCUUGGGCUACCUGCAAGCGGGUGCCGGCAUCCUUGGCGUCGCCAGCAAGGUUCCCCAGAUCCUGGCCAUCUGGAAGGAGGGCGGCACCGGCCAGCUCAGCGCGUUCACGGUCUUCAACUACUUGGCCGGUUCGCUGACCCGCAUCUUCACCACGAUCCAGGAAGUCGACGACAAGCUCAUUCUGUACGGCUUCGUCGCCGGCUUUGCGCUCAACGCCAUUCUCGCUCUGCAGAUGAUUUACUACUGGAACGCUCCGUCGGCCAAGGCCAGGGGCAAGCGGAGAGAGGUCAUCCCCGUUGAGGCCCACGACGCCCCUGGAAGCUCGACCUCUGUUGCGAAGAAGGGCCCCACCACUCGGCGCCGUGGCUAGACGACUGUUUCUCUACAUUCUCUUUCUCUUCUUCUGGUGUAUUGGUCCGGAUUAUAAUGCUGGCGGAGGAAUAGAUUAAUGGGGAAUAGUGGCGGAAAUGCCUGAAAUGCUUGGCCUAAUGUAUCUAAUGACAGCUCUUUUACAAUACAACUCCUGCUCUUUACGGAGCUUCGUAU